UGACUGUUUGUUUGAGUUUGAUAAAGCCCUUGAAAAGCUUGUGUAGAUUUACACACACGACUGCAUCUAAUAAUUGGUUUGUGGAUGCUUGGCUAGUUUUGCUUUUUGUUGGCCUCCGCUUGAUUCAGUCGCUUUUAGCCUGCUCUGCAUAACAUAUUACGACAAAAAAGGAAAACAACACACAGAGAAAGAACUUCAAUUUAAGUUAAAACUAAUCCAGUGGAUGGUGUUGUGUCAUACGUAUCAAAACAUACACCAAAUUGUCGUUUUAACGUUUCGGACGGAACGUUUCAUUCUGUUCCGUGUUUGUUUUUUUGUGUGAAUCGUUUGUUUCAAAUAGUGCCAAAUAUGAAAGUGUUUACUCAUUUUACUCAUCCACGACUGUUGCUGCUAUUGGUUUUGGGUUGUUGUUUCCAGUUACAUGCUAACGGGCAAUUACAAUCGCAACAGCUGGUUUUUCCCGAUGAUAACGCUCAUUUUAAUAAAACCUUGGCAAAUAUUUUGCAACCACGGGUUGUGGGUUCAAUCGGUCAUACAAAUGUUCGCAACUUCAUUGUAAGCGAAUUAAAUGCACUUGGUUUUACAACGGAAAUCGAUUCAUUUUCACAAAAAGUUCCAAUAUUUGGAAAUGUUACUUUUUCGAAUAUCGUGGGUGUCAUUAACCCCAAUGCCAAUGACUUUUUGGCAUUAUCCUGCCAUUAUGAUAGUAAAUAUUUUCCAAAAGAUCCCAAUUUUGUUGGAGCUACAGACUCGGCGGUUCCUUGUGCAAUAAUGCUCAAUACAGCGAAAACAUUGCAGCCAUAUUUGGAACAAAGUUUUAAAAAUCGCCAAGAUUUAGGUUUGAUGCUAAUAUUCUUUGACGGCGAAGAAGCAUUCCGUGAAUGGAGCAAUGAUGAUUCAGUUUAUGGUUCAAGGCAUUUGGCAAAGAAAUAUUCCAAUACAAAGUUGAAAGGCAAUAUCAGGCAUAUUGAUCGGAUUGAAGUGUUGGUCCUCUUGGAUUUACUUGGUGCUCCAAAUCCUAAAUUCUAUAGCUUUUACGACAACACCGAUGGUUUACAUAAAAGCAUUCACGACAUAGAAAGGCAAUUGGCAAAGCAGAAAAAAUUAGAAGGAAAUAACUUAAUGUUUAUGAAUAGACCAGCUCAAGGAUUUGUUGAUGACGAUCACCGACCAUUUUUACAAGAAAAUGUUCCAAUUUUGCAUAUUAUUCCAACUCCAUUUCCAAUUGUUUGGCACACACCGAACGAUGAUGCUACUAAUCUUCACUGGCCAACUAUUCGCAACUUCAAUAAAAUAUUCCGUACCUUUGUCUAUGAAUAUUUGCAACGGCAUAUGGAGAGAAUCAAUUUGAGAUAUUUCUGAAUAAAUGAGGGUAUAUAGAAUUUUUUUUUGUAAAAUUUAAUAAUCUAUUUGAUGUGGACAUAAUAAAUAUAUUUUUCAAAAAACCC